AUGGAAAUUAAUACUAAUUUGUUAGCAAUUUUUGGUUUCUUGGCUUUGGGUUUCUCAUUUGUCACUGCUACUGAUCCUGCACCUCUUGGUGAUUUUUGUGUUGCCCCCAGUGGCUCCAAGUUUGCGGUAAUUGAAAAUGGAAAACUCUGCAAGGACCCAAAAUUAGUGACGGCAGACGAUUUCUUCUAUUCGGGACUGAAUAUGGCAACAAAUACAAAAAAUAGAGUAGGAUCAAAUUUAAGUGUUGUAACAGUUGAAGAAAUAAAAGGAUUAAACAGCUUGGGAAUAUCCAUAGGUCGUGCCGAUUAUGCACCAAAUGGUGUAGCCCCUCCGAGUUAUCAUCCUCGAGCAACCGAGGUUCUUACCCUCGUAAAGGGUACUAUCUAUAUCGGAUUCAUUACAUCAAAUCCCGAUCAUCGUCUUUUCGCAAAAGUUCUACAUCCCGGAGACGUUUUUAUAGUUCCAUUUGGCUUAAUUCAUUUUAUAUGGAAUAUUGGUAAAAUUCCUGCAGUUGCAAUUGUGGCAUACAAUAGCCAAAAUCCAGGAUCCAUAGCAGUACCUGAUAUAAUUUUUGGUUCAAAACCACCUAUUCACCCUCAAGUUCUUGUCAAGUCAUUCCAACUUGAUAAAAAAACGGUGGCGUAUCUUCAAGGACAAGAAUGGAAUUAA